GGCCCUCCUGCCGGAGGCUAGAUUGAGCGGAGAGCUAACGGCGCAGUGGCGGCGGCGGCCGUCUCUACGUCGUCAAUUCCUUUAGUCUGUCGCUGCGGCCUUGCUCUGUAGCGGGGAGCUCUGCGCUUGGGAGUUCCGUAAGAAGCGCGUGCCCGAGGCACGGUACCCGGAGGCCCGGUGUGUCGGCUCUGGAGCUUCGGGGAUCUUGUCAGUUCGUCAGGCCAGAAAACGCUGGCUGGAGCCGCCCGCGGUGGAAUUCUUUGGAGAUCAAGCCUUCCCUGCUUGAGGAGGACUCUUGGCGGCGCGUCGCCUGCGCUGUUGUCACUCGGAAAGAUGAAGAAAACCCUGCAGGAUGAGAUUGAAGCCAUUCUUCGGAAGAGGAUCAUGGUGCUAGACGGUGGGAUGGGGACCAUGAUCCAGCGGUACAAACUAAGUGAAGAACAUUUCCAAGGUCAAGAGUUUAAAGAUCACAGCAGGCCACUGAAAGGCAACAAUGACAUCUUAAGUAUAACUCAGCCUGAUAUUAUUUACCAGAUUCAUAAGGAAUACUUGCUGGCUGGAGCAGAUAUCAUCGAAACAAACACUUUCAGCAGUACUAGUAUCGCCCAGGCUGACUAUGGCCUUGAACACUUGGAGUCAAGAGGUUUGUGGCUGGAGCUCUGGGUCCGACUAAUAAGACACUUUCUGUCUCCCCAUCUGUGGAAAGGCCAGAUUAUAGGAACAUCACAUUUGAUGAGCUUGUUGACGCAUACCAGGAGCAGGCCAAGGGACUGCUGGAUGGCAGGGUCGACAUCUUACUCAUUGAAACAAUUUUUGAUACAGCUAAUGCCAAAGCAGCCUUGUUUGCGAUCCAGAACCUCUUUGAAGAGAAUUAUGCUCCUCCUCGGCCUAUCUUUAUUUCUGGGACCAUUGUUGAUAAAAGUGGAAGGACUCUUUCUGGGCAGACGGGAGAGGCUUUUGUCACCAGCGUGUCUCAUUCGGACCCCCUGUGCAUUGGAUUAAAUUGUUCUCUGGGUGCAGCUGAAAUGAGGCCUUUCAUUGAAACAAUUGGAAAAUGUACAACAGCCUAUGUCCUCUGUUACCCAAAUGCAGGUCUUCCCAACACUUUUGGCGACUAUGAUGAAACACCAUCCACGAUGGCCACGCACCUGAAGGACUUUGCUGUGGAUGGCUUGGUGAAUAUAGUUGGUGGAUGCUGUGGUUCAACACCUGAUCACAUCAGGGAAAUUGCGGAAGCUGUGAAAAAGUGUAAGCCAAGAGUCCCCCCUGCUAGUGUUUUUGAAGGACAUAUGUUACUGUCUGGUCUAGAGCCCUUCAGGAUUGGACCAUACACCAACUUUGUUAACAUUGGAGAGCGCUGUAAUGUGGCAGGAUCCAGGAAAUUUGCUAAACUCAUCAUGGCAGGAAACUAUGAAGAAGCCCUGAGCAUUGCCAAAGCACAGGUGGAAAUGGGAGCUCAGGUGCUCGAUAUCAACAUGGACGACGGCAUGCUGGAUGGUCCCAGUGCAAUGACCAGAUUUUGCAACUCCAUUGCUUCUGAGCCUGACAUUGCCAAGGUGCCCCUGUGCAUUGACUCUUCUAACUUUGCCGUGAUUGAAGCUGGGUUGAAGUGCUGCCAAGGGAAGUGCAUAGUCAACAGCAUCAGCCUCAAGGAGGGGGAGGGGGACUUCCUGGAGAAGGCCCGGAAGAUUAAGAAGUUUGGAGCUGCUGUGGUGGUUAUGGCUUUUGAUGAGGAAGGACAAGCAACAGAAACAGAUGUUAAAGUCAAUGUGUGCACCAGAGCUUACCAUCUACUUGUGGACAAAGUGGGCUUCAAUCCAAAUGACAUCAUCUUUGACCCCAACAUCCUUACCAUUGGUACUGGAAUGGAGGAACAUAACUUGUAUGCUAUCAAUUUUAUCCAUGCAACAAGAGUCAUUAAGGAAACCUUACCAGGAGUCAGAAUAAGUGGAGGUCUUUCCAACUUAUCCUUCUCCUUCCGAGGGAUGGAAGCCAUUCGAGAAGCAAUGCAUGGUGUGUUCCUUUAUCACGCGAUCAAGUUUGGUAUGGACAUGGGGAUAGUCAAUGCCGGCAACCUCCCUGUGUAUGAUGCUAUCCACAAGGACCUUCUUCAGCUCUGUGAAGACCUCAUCUGGAACAAAGACUCUGAGGCUACUGAGAAACUCUUGCGAUAUGCCCAGACUCAUGGCACAGGAGGGAAGAAAGUCAUCCAGACAGAUGAGUGGAGGAAUGGCUCCAUUGAAGAGCGCCUGGAGUAUGCUCUUGUGAAGGGCAUUGAAAAGCACAUUGUUGAAGAUACUGAAGAAGCCAGGUUAAACGGGGAAAAAUACCCUCGGCCUCUGAAUAUAAUUGAAGGGCCCCUAAUGAAUGGCAUGAAAGUGGUUGGUGAUCUUUUUGGAGCUGGAAAGAUGUUUCUACCUCAGGUUAUAAAGUCAGCCCGUGUCAUGAAGAAGGCUGUUGGCCACCUUAUCCCUUUCAUGGAAAAAGAAAGAGAAGAAGCCAGAUUGAUUAAUGGUUCGGUUGAAGAAGAGGACCCUUACCAAGGCACCAUUGUGCUGGCCACUGUUAAAGGGGACGUGCAUGACAUCGGCAAGAACAUAGUUGGCGUGGUGCUGGCCUGUAACAAUUUCAGAGUUAUUGAUUUAGGAGUCAUGACUCCCUGUGAUAAGAUACUUCAAGCUGCUCUGGACCACAAAGCAGAUAUAAUUGGCUUGUCAGGACUCAUCACUCCAUCCUUGGAUGAGAUGAUUUUUGUUGCCAAGGAAAUGGAGAGGUUGGCUAUAAAGAUUCCAUUGUUGAUAGGAGGAGCAACCACUUCAAGAACCCACACAGCAGUUAAAAUUGCACCACGGUACAGCGCGCCUGUGAUCCACGUCCUAGAUGCAUCCAAGAGUGUGGUGGUGUGUUCUCAGCUGUUAGAUGAAAAUCUGAGAGAUGACUACUUUGAAGAAAUACUGGAAGAGUAUGAAGAUAUUAGACAGGACCACUAUGAGUCUCUCAAAGAGAGAAAAUACGUACCCCUAAGUCAAGCCAGAAAACACGGUUUCCACAUUGAUUGGCUCUCUGAACCUCAUCCAGUGAAGCCCACGUUUAUUGGGACCCAGGUCUUUGAGGACUACAACCUGCAAAAGCUGGUGGACUACAUUGACUGGAAGCCUUUCUUUGACGUCUGGCAGCUCCGGGGCAAGUACCCGAACCGAGGAUUUCCCAAGAUAUUUAAUGACAAAGCAGUAGGUGAAGAAGCCAGAAAGGUAUACAAUGAUGCUCAGAAUAUGCUGAACAUACUGAUUAGUCAAAAGAAACUGCAGGCCAGGGGUGUGGUUGGAUUCUGGCCAGCACAGAGUGUCCAGGAUGACAUCCACCUGUAUGCAGAGGGGGUGGUGCCCCAGGCCGCUGAGCCCAUAGCCACCUUCUAUGGACUGAGGCAGCAGGCUGAGAAGGACUCUUCUAGUACAGACCCCUACCACUGCCUCUCAGACUUCAUUGCUCCUUUGCAUUCUGGUGUCUGUGACUACUUGGGUCUGUUUGCUGUUGCCUGCUUUGGGGUUGAAGAGCUGAGUAAGACCUAUGAGGAUGAUGGCGAUGACUACAGCAGCAUCAUGGUGAAGGCGCUGGGCGACAGGCUGGCAGAGGCCUUUGCAGAGGAGCUCCAUGAGAGAGUUCGCCGAGAACUGUGGGCCUACUCUAGGAGUGAGCAGUUGGGCGUCCCAGACUUGCGCAGACUCCGGUAUGAGGGCAUCCGGCCAGCUCCUGGUUACCCCAGCCAGCCUGACCAUACUGAGAAGCUUACCAUGUGGAGACUGGCCAGCAUCGAGCAGGCCACAGGCAUCAGGCUGACAGAAUCCUUGGCAAUGGCACCCGCUUCAGCAGUGUCAGGGCUGUACUUCUCCAACGUAAAGGCCAAAUAUUUUGCUGUGGGGAAAAUUUCCAAAGAUCAGACUGAGGAUUAUGCUUUGAGGAAGAACAUGCCAGUGGCCGAGGUGGAGAAAUGGCUUGGUCCCAUUCUGGGCUAUGACACAGACUGAUCCCUCUCUCACACUCCUUUACUCUUUCCUGUUUUUCCUUUAAACUUUUAUGUUUGCUGACCUCAGGGGGGAUAAUCCAGCGUGCCUUAGAAAUAACAACAAAAGCGCCUUUGCCCUGCGCUGCCCUGCCCUGCCCUCUGCCCUGCUGGGAGAGGCUGGUUGACUGCGAUGCAGAGCAGGCCUCUAGGGUUCUGGAAAAGAAGCACUUUUCCAGGGACCUUAAAUGAGAAGCAACAAAGUGCCAAGGCUCAUGGUGUUCCUGGGCCCUCAUGAUUGGGGCAAGCGGAAGACAUCUUUUGCAUUCAAAGCAGGGCACCCAGCUUUUCCCCAUUUUUACCUUUGACCCAGGAAGGCAUUUGUUCCUGGGUUUGUCUAUCUGUCAGUUAGUUGGUUGGUUUGGUUUGGUUUGGUUUAGUUUUUUGUCUGUUUUUAUUGGCUGCCUCAUAUAUUAAAAAUGAUUCUGAAAAUCAGUUGAAUACAAGGAGAAUAUAUAGAGAAACGCAACCCUGGAGCAAAGUCUCACCGUGAGAAAUGUGACAUUUCAGUCUAAGUGGUUUCAGCAAAGGACCUGGACAGGGAGAAAAGUAUUCCUUUCUUUUCUCCUGUGACAUCUCACUUCUGAGGUGUAACUAAGCGGAUGUAGAACUCUGUGGCAGAGGCUCACUGCUUGCUGGACAGACGGACUGGAACUGAUAUCCCUGGUGUGCCGGUAGGCACAGUCAUAUCCUUCAAGGUUUCUUGUCUGUUGUAGUUUCACAGUCACUUGCUCUAAGGUGGGGAUGGAAGAGAGAAAGUGACUCCCAAAGGCAUUAUCAUCUGCUGCUCUCAGAAUCAAACAGGUUGUUAGCUGAGCCCUGAUGUCCUGUGCAGAGCUGGACCAAGGGCUGACUUAAAGCCACUCAACUCUUUGCCUGCACUUGACUCCAACUACUUAUAUUUUAGAUAUACUACGUUGUCUUGUUUUUUGAUAUUUCUGGAGAAAUUGCUCAGAGCACAGGCUCUGAAGGCACGGACUCAGACUUUAACUUUUCUGUGUAGCUGCUGUGUGACAGGAGCCAAGUGCUGAGACUUCCCCACACUGCUCAUCUGAAAAACGAGAACAGUCGUGUCAGUCGGUCUCAUUGGGGUGAGGUUUCAACAGGAUUAUGUAUGGAGAUGGUUCUGAUACAUACACACAGAUAUUUAAUAAGUGGAGGUUCUGUAGAGCUCUGUAGUCUUAGCCCUGUAGGUACUCACAGGAAGAAUGAGAGCGAAGUUAAGGGGGGAGGGAGAGUAGGGGAGUAUGUAUGGGGUGUGACUGACCUCCUGGGAUUAGAACCCCAACUUACAGUUUACACUGACAGAGAAAGAGAAGCCACCUCUCAUGUGUUAUCCAUAGCAUCAGGACUCAUCUUGUGUGAGACAGACUCCUUCCUUGCCUCAUAUGUUGUUCCAAGCCACUUACACCAAACACGCUCCCUGGUGUAUUUGGAGGUGAAAAGAAGAAAAUGAUAGUUGGGUAAUGACAAUCCUAUAUGUUUGUAAUCUUUCCAAGCUUAUUUUCAAGUAGCACACACUUUUUGUACCACUGGUCCUUAGAGUGAAAAGAACUGUCUACUUUUCUUUAAGGCAUCUUUAACUUGUCCUAAAUUGUAAAUGGGACUCACUGGCCUGAGUCUCUUAGUUUCGGGACAUAGUUCCAUGGCAGGCAUGUUCUUUAGGCUUUGGAACAUUCAUCUGUGAGAAGGAAUCACUGUCAUAUAGUUUACUGUAUUUCAUUUGAAGAGUUACUAAGUCUUCUUAUUUCCUUGCCAUUCUUUCAGCUGGCUCCCCAAAUAUGUCGUUGAUCUAAUCCCAUGACCUAUGUCAUCCCCGUCAUCUUUUUCAUCAUCUUCCUCCUAUUCUUCCUCCUCCUUCCUCUUCUCUCUUCUCCCUUUUUCCUUUUCCUUGCAUGUUUAGGUAGGUGUAUAGAUACUAAGAAAUAUAAAAGAAAACUCGAAAGCAUCCUUCUUCAUUUAUUUUAAGUAUUCCAGAGAAGCUGGGCUCAAAGACUAACGUUCUAACCGGGGCCCUGAUGUGUGUGAUUGCAUGCACCUAGCAUGUUCCCUCACAGUUGGCCUCUGAGAUCCUGACAGGAACUCAUUCACACUUGAGGCUUGCAUAUUCAUUAGGGCUGCAUUCCCCGCCCCCGCCCCCCACCCCCACCCCCCCAGUUUAGAAUUGGACGUAGCCAGAAGUGCUACCCUUGUCUGUAAUCACAGGAUUUGGGAAGUUGAGGCAGGAAGAUUUGCUUGAGUAACAGGCCAUCCUGAGUUCCAUAGCCUCUCCAAAAACAAAAACAGGACCAGCAGGAAGGCUUAGUGAGUAAAUGCACAGGCUGCCAAACCUCACCUGGUUUGUGCUCUGGGACCCACAUGGUAGAAGAAAACCAACUCCAAAGGCGUUUUCUCCAUUUUGCUGCUUGCUCUGCUACCAGUGGCUGGUACUAGGGCCUAGGGAUAGUAGUCUUGGUAACUUUCUCCUUUGAGCUAUUUCUCUAGCAGUUCCCCUCCAUUCAUAGUAAGCACACAUGGGACUAACUCUUUCUAGGUGAUUCUCUCAUGUGUGUGCUCCUCACACACAUUGUGCUUCUUUCAUGUACCACUUAUUUUUCUUCUGCGCUCACUUAAUUCAGUGGAGUCAGGGGAGGUAUGUUUCUCAUCUCUUACCACUGAUGACUUUUUAAUUAGGCCUUCCUAGAGAGUUGCUUUCUCUUUAUCCCCUUCCUUAUGACAGUUUUUUUAUUAGCCUCUAUGGUCAUUUCUCAACUAUAUUUUUUUUUCCUUAAGUUUCUUCUUCUACCUACUUCAAGUCUUACAUCCUGUAUUAGUUGCUCUCCCAGCCUGUUGUUUCAGAGGUUGAUCUCAUCUAUCAUACUCCAGGACCCUCCAUCCUUAAUCCUUGUUCCUUCAUAAGGUUGCCCCCCCCCCAGCUCCUGAAGGAGUACACACGGCGUUUCCCAGUAAAGUGUCCCAAUCCUUGCUUCUAAGUGUCUCAUCUGCUCUCCAGUAGAAAGACGAAUUGGUCCCACCAAAUCAGCAGAUUGCAGGCUCACCCGAUACUGUCCGUUUUUAGACUAGUUAGCUCAAAAAUGUGAUAGGCUGGUGGUGGAAGUAUUCAGGGAAGGUCCUGGUUGCCUCGGUUUAGGACCUGAAGAACAGAGAUGGAGCAGCAGGAAAGGAACAGAUGAGGGACAGUAAAUAGAAGCAUUAAAGGUUAUAUAGAUGCCAGAUCUUUCCAAAGUGAACUAUAAAGUCAAAGAUUUCCAGCAGUUAUACCAACUGAUGUCAUGACGAAGAUAAGCAGAUGAUUCAUGUGGAAUGCAAAGGGUCAAAACUGGCUAGAGGUUGCUGAAGAUGAAGAAAGAUUCAGGGAAUUCGUCUGACAGUACACCAAAUUUUACUGCAGAAAUAGUGUCAGGCGCAGUACAGAAGUGGCUUACAUCAGUGCCACCCAAAACCAAAGACCUUUGCUAAGCAAGUGAGUGAUUUAGGUGAGAAGACUUUUUUUUUUUAAGUAACUAAUAAGGGAUUAGCUACUAGAAUGUAUAGAAAUGUUCUAUUUUGAAAAAUAUAGAAGAGAGAAAGGCUUUCUCUUGAGGCUGGUAAACAGAUGCUCUGUGGUGAUGAGAAGUGUGAGAUUCGGGUUCACAUCUAUGACAUUUGCAAGAACGUGGCCCACAAUGUCAGAUCUGUAAGUAGUCACAUGCUACAUAUCAGUGCUGGAGAACAGUUACACUUCACAGAUGUGAACAAGGCCAGAACUCCAGGCAUGUUCAGCCAUGUCUUACAUUUUGGUCAUGGCAAUAUAAUCAGGCUAGUAACAGGAAUAACUAAAGUUCUGUCCAUGGGAAAGUGGUUUUAUAAGAUAUCAUGAUGCAGUAAAAUUGAGUGAACUACAGCUACACUUGGCAAUAAAGGUGAAUCACAGGAAAUAGGGGCAAAGCAAGUCUCUUGAGUCUACUCAAUGGCAUGAUGCUGUUUUCAUUGAGCUCAAAAGUGAAUGAGAUCAAAGAAUGUAUAUGAUAGUUACAUGUGUGAUAAAAACUUAAAAGGUCACAGAAAUCCCCAAAUUAAGUUUAGUGAUAGAUAGCCUUGUGGGGUGGGGGAUUAAAAGGGGCCAGAGAAGAGUACACAAGUGAAUUGUGAAUAGCUGCUUUAGUUUUUAGGUGGGAGGGUUAUGGCUGUUGACUACAUACAGCAUUUUUGUACAUUUUAAAUAUGAGUAUUUAAUAUAUUUUAACCAAUAAAGAAAAAGUGAAAUGCUAUUCUCAAAUCUGGUAUGAUGACUUUAUAUGCAAUGAUAUUGGUGUGUGUGUGUGUGUGUAUCUCAAACACACUUUUGGAAGAAGGGAACAUUCUAGUCAGAAGAGCAGGGAUGAAGCUAGCUGGGCAAGAGGGAUGCAUUUACACACCUAACAUCUCUUCGAGCCUAACUUGGUGGAUGUGGGGGGGUGGUGCCAUAUGCUAAGAGAUGAGGGAGGAGAGGGCACUGUUGGAAAGAUGGGAUGUGGCCAGACUGCAGUGCAGCUUUAGAACCUAGUCUGCCUGUUGUGUGUAUAUUGUCAAACACGGUGUUUGGUGCUCAGUAAAGGCCUGCAGAGCCUCGGAUCCCGUUUGUGCUUUGAAGUCCUCACAUGCAAUUUUCAAAGAUACCUCUUUCUUCAGCCCUUGCUUGUAAGAAUGACAGUAGUAGUCACCCUUUGUCCUUGGAGGUAUGUUCUGUGACCCAUGGAUACAUGCACUGUUUUGUGUGUAUCUGUUCUUUACUACACAGUCCCACUUUUAAUGUUUUUCCAUCGUAAUUAUUUACUGUGGCUGUCACUUCUGCUGUUUGAGGCACAAUAGCAAAACUAGUAUGAGUAUCUGUCGCUUUUUUGACAGCUUUAGAGACAGCUGUGUUCUUAUCUUAGACCUUAGUAUAGAAUAUUUUGUUCUUAGGUUGAUUAUUUUGAGGUGUUUUUUUUUUUUUUUUUUUUGCUUGAAAAAAAAUCAUACAGCUUUUAUUCGAUGCACCUGUAUUGCUUGUCCUGCCACCCUUACUUUUUUAUGUGAUGUCACAGGAAUUGAUUGGUAGCCCAGACAGCUACCAAAUGACUAAGGGUGUAUAGUACCAUAUAAAAUGUAGACACUCUGGACAAAGGUCAUUCAUGUCCCUUAGCAGGACCAGGUUGAACAACGUGAGAGUUCAUCAUGUUACUCAGCGUGGUAUCAAAUUUAAAACUUAGGACUUGUUCAUUUCUGGAAUUUUUGACUUAAUAUAUUUGAACCGUAGUUUCUUGUAGAUAACUAAACUAUGGGAAAUGAAAUCUUGAAUAAAAGGAAGAGGACUACUACAUGGUGUAGAGACUCAUAAAACAGGCGAACUAUUUUUUGCUAAUAAUAUUUAGCCUCUGGUGAGCUCCUAAUGGAGCCGCUGAGCUUGAAGGGACUGAAAAAGUCUGCUUUGAACUUCAGUGGGCUGCUCUGUACCCUCACCUACAGAGCGACUCAGAGAAGUGAGGUUCUAUUUUAUAAGGUGUGACCUUGGUGCCCACUAGUCUUAAUCAUAUGAUGCCGUUUUAUUUACUGUGUCCAUACUUAAAGGGAAAGUGAAAUAUGGCUGUCUUGGUAGAUAAUGUUAAAUAUGAUUAAUUAAACAUGCAUGGUGUAAUAUA